AUGGGAAGGCUGUUUGUGCUGACUCUUGAAGGACACGUCUAUAGCUGCAAGUACUGCAAAACCCAUCUUGCUCUUGCUGAUGACAUUCUCUCCACGUCUUUUCACUGCAGGCAUGGAAAGGCUUAUCUUUUCGAUAAUGUUGUAAAUGUCACAGAUGGAGAGAAAGAAGAGCGGAUCAUGAUAACAGGACUGCAUACUGUUGUGGACAUCUUCUGUGUCUCAUGUGGCUCAGUUGUGGGGUGGAAAUAUGAGUCUGCCUAUGAUGAAGGCCAGAAGUAUAAGGAGGGAAAAUUUAUCCUUGAGAGAUUCAAGAUUCUCGGCCCUGAUGGAAGCAACUACCCGAGAGCUCAUGAAGACUACUCGAUAGCUCAGGAAGCCGAGAUUGGUGGAAGUGAUGUUGAUGAUGAUUGA